CCCGAGUCCAGGCGACCGGACCCCGCCGGGGGUGGACCCCGCACCAGAGCAGCUGGAGGCCCUGACCGGUCUGCCCACCGGGGCCUUCGGGCCCGGGCUUCGACAUGCGGGAGCAGCCCCGGCCGCGGCCUCCGCCCUGGGGCCUCGCGGGUCUUCUGGUCCUGGCGCUCUGCAGUCGGGCCCUAAGCAAUGAGAUUCUGGGCCUGAAGCUGCCCGGCGAGCCGCCGCUGACCGCCAACACCGUGUGCUUGACGCUGUCGGGCCUGAGCAAGCGGCAGCUGGGCCUGUGCCUGCGCAGCCCCGACGUGACCGCGUCCGCGCUUCAGGGCCUGCACAUCGCGGUCCACGAGUGUCAGCACCAGCUGCGCGACCAGCGCUGGAACUGCUCGGCGCUCGAGGGCGGCGGCCGCCUGCCGCACCACAGCGCCAUCCUCAAGCGCGGUUUCCGUGAGAGUGCCUUUUCCUUCUCCAUGCUGGCUGCUGGCGUCAUGCAUGCGGUAGCCACAGCCUGCAGCCUGGGCAAGCUGGUGAGCUGCGGCUGUGGCUGGAAGGGUAGUGGUGAGCAGGAUCGGCUGAGGGCCAAACUGCUGCAGCUGCAGGCACUGUCCCGGGGCAAAAGUUUCCCCCACUCCCUGCCUAGCCCGGGUCCGGGCUCAGGCCCCAGCCCCAGCCCCCAGGACACAUGGGAAUGGGGUGGCUGUAACCAUGACAUGGACUUUGGAGAGAAGUUCUCUCGGGAUUUCUUGGAUUCCAGGGAAGCUCCCCGGGACAUCCAGGCACGAAUGCGAAUCCACAACAACAGGGUGGGGCGACAGGUGGUAACUGAAAACCUAAAGCGGAAAUGCAAGUGUCAUGGCACUUCAGGCAGCUGCCAGUUCAAGACCUGCUGGAGGGCGGCCCCAGAGUUCCGGGCAGUGGGGGCAGCAUUAAAGGAGCGACUGGGCAGGGCCAUCUUCAUUGAUACCCACAACCGCAACUCCGGAGCCUUCCAGCCCCGCCUGCGUCCCCGCCGCCUCUCAGGAGAGCUGGUUUACUUUGAGAAGUCUCCUGAUUUCUGUGAGCGAGACCCCAGUGUGGGCUCCCCAGGCACGCGGGGCCGGGCCUGCAACAAGACCAGCCGCCUGCUGGAUGGCUGUGGCAGCCUGUGUUGUGGCCGUGGGCACAACGUGCUCCGGCAGACAAGAGUUGAGCGCUGUCAUUGCCGUUUCCACUGGUGCUGCUAUGUGCUGUGUGAUGAGUGCAAGGUCACAGAGUGGGUCAACGUGUGUAAGUGA